AUUGAAUCAAAUGGCAGUAACAGUAAUAAGUUAAUAAUCACUCUUGUUUAUUCUACAGUUGAGUUUAAAAUUUAAAUUGAGCAUUUAAUUUUGUUUGAUAUUUCGGAGUUCAAAACAAACAAUUGCUCAUUGUUAUGAUGUAAACAGUCAAUUGCGGAGUACACAUUAAUUACGAUGAGGAAAGCUUCAGCUGACUCCAAGGUGAAAAAAACUUUUGUGCGACAUGCUGAGCAAAAAAUUAAUAAAAGUAAGCAUAAAGUUAUUAGAGAUCCUGGUGCGGGAUCAUCUAAAUCGUCUAUCCAUAAUAUAGAAACGACACAGGAUUUAUCUCAUCCCACUUUAUGCUCCAGUGAGGUGUUAGCCACGUAUUUAUCUGAAGUUAAAAAUUCCGCGCCACCGCGACUUUUACACGAAGAUUUUCAAGCAGAUAAAGCUGCACUCAGUGCUAAGGUAACAAGAAAAUUGAAUUUCCAUUUCAAUGAUAGAAUCUACAAUAAUUUAGUUGAACUGAACGCAGAUGCAGCUGACUUAAAGAAGAAGGACCGGAAAACAAAAAUGACAACAAUAAAAAAGGAUCUUGAACCCAAUAUUGAUGAUUUUUGUCACAACGAUAAAGCAAAAGAUGUCAUACCUAUUAUCCCUAUAAUUAAACCAAAAUUAAAACCUUUAAAAUAUGUUGAUACCGGAAAAUUACAUAAAUUAGUAGGAAUGUUUGAAGUUUUAUGACAAUAAAGGAUUAUUUUAUAAAUUAAAACAUGUUUUUCACUUUUCUCAUUAAAUUUUUUGAAAAUAACUUAAUCAAAAUUUCUAACAUUUCAAGUGCAAACAUAGUAAUAGAUAUACUCAUGGUCAGUCAUUAUCUACAGUAACAAUGGAAAAUAUUCACAAUAAAAGUGUUCUAAUAUCUUGAUAGGAAUGUUCUGUGAUAUUUUUGUCUGCUAUCAUGAUUGGUUUUUCUUGUUUAAAAAUAAAUAGUAUAUAUUUUA